AUGGAGGCCCGACUCCAGCUAAGGAAGGCCGGCACUACGACGAUAGUCGAUGCCACCAAUUACCGCAGCAUUGUUGGGAGCCUGCGCUAUCUGGUUAACCAAGAGCUUUAUGGAGACAACAAUCCAAGAUUGUUCACUUAUUGGACAGCCGACGCAUAUCAAGCAACAGGCUGCUACAAUUUACUCUGUCUAGGCUUCGUUCAAACCAACCGUAGAAUCGCCAUUGGAGCUGCAAUUGCUCCAACUUCCUCCUACAAUGGAUCCGAAGAAUGGGAAUUGGUGGUUGGAAUUCGGGUCGAGUGUGAUGGUCGAGUACUGGCCGGCGUUUUUGUUCACUCACCUUCAAAGCCACGCAACGACGAUACAGUUUGCCGGAGAGGUANAAAGGAUCCGAAGAAUGGGAAUUGGUGGUUGGAAUUCGGGUCGAGUGUGAUGGUCGAGUACUGGCCGGCGUUUUUGUUCACUCACCUUCAAAGCCACGCAACGACGAUACAGUUUGCCGGAGAGGUAGUGAAUUCGAGGGCGUGGGGAUUUCACACGGCGACAGAAAUGGGGAGUGGGCAUUUCGCAGGCGAAGGAUUCCAAAAAGCUUCUUAUUUUCGAAAUCUGAAGGUUAUGAAUUGGGAUAAUAGUUUGAUUCCAUUGUCCAAUUUGAAGGUUUUGGCAGAUCAUCCAAAUUGCUAUAAUAUUCGACCUCGGAUUAAUAGAGUUUGGGAAAAUUAUUUUUACUAUAGAGGGUGGGGAAGAAAUGUGAAGUGCCCUUAA